AAGCGCGGCAUAGUUCUCUAGUUUUCUAAUAAAAUGCAAAAUAUGGCCUUGGCUUGGGUGAUGAGUUGGGGCGUUGGCAGGGGAGCCAGCCAGCCAGCGAGAUUACCAACGAGUUAACUCUUUUUUUUUUCUCCCUUGACUCAGAAAGAAAGAAAAAAGAAACAGAGAGAGAGAGAGAGAGAGGAGAGGUGCGCACGUUAACAAUCCCAAUACAAAGCUCUUCCAAGAUUGGGAAGCCCAUUGAUAACCUAAGCAAAUCCUCCGAGCUAUCGGAAUACUGGAUACGAUUAGUUUUCUUUCUUUUUCUUAAAUCUUUUCCGUUUUUGGCUGUCGGAGCUGAGCCACGCCAUGUUCUUCGAGAAUAACCUGCAUUUGGAGAUUUUAUUAGCUUUCUUUGCAAUGUAGGUAGAUUUGAUCGUUGUUCCCCUGAUUUCGAUCUUUUUGAUUUUUUUCUUUAUUUCACCAUGCUGCUUUCCGCGUGGUAUGUUGCACUGGAAUCGAGGACUUUUGGAGGAAUUUGAGCCUUUGAUGGUGCAGUUCUGUUCUAGGGUUUCCUUUUUGGCUUUGGAGCUGAAUGUUAAUUUGGUCGAGAGCCUGGUUCGUGGCCUUUAGGGGCUUUGAUUUUGCAGCAUUGUGAGUUAAGGGCUUUCUGAGAGGAGUUUUGCGUUUAUGGGGUAUGGAUGAAAUGAAGGCAUUUCUUGCUUUCUUUGUUUCCACGAAUUGACACACGCUAGUUAGUUGAGUAGCGAAGUUUUCUUCUCUUCUAUCUUCUUUUUGUCUGUUCUGUUUCAAUGGGGGAAAGUUGGAAACUAGUUUGUGGUAUUGGAUAUAUCUGGGGAUGUGAUUGUUUAAAUGUGUAUUGGGUAGUCUACUCCAAGGCAGCACUUGAUAUCACAACUUGAAUGGCUGAUCCUCAGAAAAGUGGUAUCGCCGAGAGGGAUAUCGAACAGGCUAUCACAGCUCUUAAGAAAGGGGCAUGUUUACUAAAGUAUGGUCGUAGAGGGAAACCGAAGUUCUGCCCAUUCCGGCUUUCUAAUUUAUGCAAUCUCAGGGCCUCACAAGUUAGAGCCCAAUCAGCACUAAAUGAGAGGGAUGAGACUUUUUUGAUUUGGUACUCAGGCAAAGAAGAGAAACAUGUUAAACUAAGUCAUGUUUCUAGGAUUAUUCCUGGGCAGCGUACUGCAAUAUUUCAGAGGUAUCCUCGGCCUGAAAAAGAGUAUCAGUCAUUUUCACUAAUAUGCAGUGAUAGGUCCUUGGACUUGAUAUGUAAAGACAAGGAUGAAGCUGAAGUUUGGUUUGUUGGCCUUAAUGCAUUGAUUACUCGAGACAACUACCGCAAGUACAAAAUUGAUGCAACAUGUGAAAAUGGAUCAACUGAUAGUCCCAAUACUCGUACUCGAAGAAGUUCUCCUUCAAUUGCGCCAUUUGUCUGUAUCAAUAAUGAUCCAGGAGAUGCUGCAGUUAACUUUGAGAAUGCUGCACAGAGUAGAAUGGGAAAGGCCUUUGCAGACAUAAUAACGUAUACUGCAGUCACCAAGCGUCUCAGCCAACCUGAUCCAGUUGUCAACCCUUCAACGUCACCUUGCUCCGUAGAUAACUCCAAUAACAAUGGUCGAGCUUCUGCAACAGAAGCAUUUCGUGUUAGCUUAUCGAGUGCUGUAAGCUCAUCCAGUCAAGGUUCUGGUCAUGAUGAAUUCGAUGCUUUAGGAGAUGUUUUCAUCUGGGGUGAAGGUAUUGGUGGUGGAGUUUUGGGGGGUGGUAUUCACAGAGUUGGGAGCUCUUUGGAUGCUAAGAUGGAUGCUCUUCUACCCAAGGCAUUGGAAUCAACAGUUGUUCUUGAUGUGAAUAGUAUUGCUUGUGGUAGCAGACAUGCUGUGCUGGUAUCCAGACAUGGAGAGAUUUUUAGUUGGGGAGAGGAGGCAGGGGGCAGGCUUGGUCAUGGGGUGGAAAUGAAUGUUUCCCAACCAAAGCUUGUUGAUACUCUUAGUGGCACAAACAUUGAAUUAGUAGCAUGCGGGGAGUAUCAUACUUGUGCAGUCACAAUUUCUGGAGAUCUUUAUACAUGGGGUGAUGGUACUCAGAGCUCCUCCUUACUUGGGCAUGGAAGUGAAGUUAGCCACUGGAUUCCUAAAAAGGUAUGUGGUAUUAUGGAAGGAAUACAUAUAUCCUAUAUAUCUUGUGGACUAUGGCAUACAGCUGUUGUAACAUCAGCUGGUCAGUUAUUUACUUUUGGAGAUGGCUCUUUUGGUGCCUUAGGACAUGGUGAUCGUAGUAGCACAAGCAUUCCCAAGGAAGUUGAAGCUUUGAGAGGGCUUAGGACAAUGAGGGUUGCUUGUGGUGUUUGGCAUACUGCUGCAGUAGUUGAAGUUAUAAAUGAGUUAUCUAGUCCUGAAACAACUGUUAAUUCUUCCUCUGGCCAAUUGUUCACCUGGGGAGAUGGAGAAAAAGGGCAACUUGGACAAGAUGAUAAGAAGCCUAGACUCAUUCCUGAAUGUGUAUCUACUUUGGUUGACAAGAAAAUUCUUCAAGUUGCCUGUGGUCAUACUAUCACAAUUGCUCUUACAACAUCGGGACAAGUAUACACAAUGGGAAGUACUGUUUAUGGGCAGCUGGGAAAUCCUUCAGCCAAUGGAAAAGUUCCUAAUCAAGUUAGAGGUAAAAUUGCAGAAACCUUUAUUGAAGAGAUUGCUUGUGGUUCUUAUCACGUUGCAGUUUUGACCUCCAAGACAGAGGUCUAUACUUGGGGUAAGGGUUCAAAUGGGCAAUUAGGCCACGGAGACAACGAUCACAGAGAUGAACCUACUCUUGUUGACUUUCUGAAAGAUAAGCAAGUAAAGAGUCUAGCAUGCGGUUCUAACCUUACAACUGUUAUUUGUCUUCAUAAGUGGGUUUCUGGUGCCGAUCAUUCUGUAUGCUUUGGUUGUCAUAAUCCUUUUGGAUUUAGAAGAAAGCGUCACAAUUGUUACAAUUGUGGAUUAGUCUUCUGCAAAGUGUGCAGCAGUAAGAAAUCUAUGAAAGCUGCCCUGGCUCCCAAUGUUAACAAACCAUAUCGAGUGUGUGAUGAUUGUCAUGCUAAACUAAAGCAAGCCAUGGAGACAAAUUCUGCAUUGCGAAACUCUAAGGUUAGAAAUGGAAAUGUUCGUCGUAAAACCAAUGAAGUGGCUGAUAGAGAGAGUCGAGCUCCAAGAUUGCAGACAACACUCUCUAGAUUCUCAUCUUUUGGCUCAAUAAAUCAAGCUGAAAGCAUGCAUUCCAAAAAUGAGAAUCAAUUAGAAUCCAAUCAUGGUCGUGUCUUUCCUCCUCUUGAUAGAGCCAACCUAAAGGAUUUUAAUUUUUCUACAGCAUCGAAUUCUCUGGUUGGAGCUCCAAAGAAAGUAAUAUCAGCUUCUGUUCCUGUCUCCAGAUUGAUGUCUCGAGCAACAUCUCCUGUUUCUGGAAAAUUGAGCCCAGCUUGGUCUUCUGAAGAAACAGAUUUGAAGCGUACAAAUGAUAUUUUAAGCCAAGAAAUUGUGAUGUUGAGGGCACAGGUAGAAGAUCUUACUUGCAAAUCUCAAGAUCUUGAGGUUAAACUAGAACAAACAACAAAACAAUUGGAGGAGGUGACUACAAUAGCAGUAGAUGAAGUGGAAAAGUGCAAAUCUGCAAAGAACAUUAUAAAAUCUUUAACUGCUCAGUUGAAAGACGUUGCUGAAAGAUUGCCAGAAGUACAUAAGGUCAGCUCUAGUACAGACUUAAAUGCUGGAUGCACCGUCAAGUUUUCAAACCACAACCACGUAUCAACUAAGACCACUAGUUCAAACAUGGCUACUCCUGAAAGAGAGUACAAUGGCGAUCGAAAUUCCCCCAAUGGAUCAAAAUCACAAGCUGGAAAAGCAGAGUGGGUGGUACAAGAUGAACCUGGCGUUUACAUAACUUUAUCCUCUUUGCCAAGCGGGGGUAAUGAACUCAGGCGGGUUCGGUUUAGUCGAAAACAUUUCACUGAGGAGCAAGCUGAAAAUUGGUGGACUGAAAAUGGGGCUAGAGUAUGCGAAAGAAACAAUGUACGAAGUACAGAGUAAUGUGCUGCUAGCAUGGUGAAAAAGAGAAAGCAAAGACGAUAUGACAAUUCAGUAUAAUUUCUCCCUGGAAUUUGUAAAUUUUCCACUUAAUCUUCCAGUGGAGUUCACCUUGAAGAAGCUGGGAUCAAAACAUAGCUAUUAGAUGGAACAUUUGGAAUAUGCGUAGGAGGUAACGGGUUUCGAAGGAACAGUGAAUGUAAAGAUGAAAAGAAAAUAUAUUUUUAUUUUUUUGACAAAUUUAGUGUUCAUUUUCCUUUUAAUCCUCUAACGAGAUUCUGCUUGUCAAUGUUGGUAGUCUGUAGCGUUUUUCCUAUUUUUAACUUUUGAAAAAUUAUUAAAUUUUUCAGUAUCA